AUGGCCUCCGACUCUGAUAAGGAGAUCUACUCCGCGACUUACAGCAAUGUUCCCGUGUACGAGUUAAAGACAGGCGCAGAUCAUGUUAUGCGGAGACGAUCCGAUGAUUGGGUCAAUGCCACACAUAUCCUCAAAAUUGCUGGCUUCGAUAAACCCGCGAGGACCAGAAUUCUCGAGCGCGAAGUCCAGAAGGGUGUGCAUGAGAAAAUUCAGGGCGGCUACGGAAAAUAUCAAGGCACAUGGGUUCCUCUAACCGAAGGUCGUUCACUUGCGGAGAAACAUGGUAUUCUUGAUCGUAUCUCGAGAAUCUUCGACUACGUCCCUGGCGACAAAAGUCCUCCUCCUGCCCCGAAGCAUACAACAGCUGCAUCAAGCCGUCCGAAGCAAACAAAAGCUGCGGCAAAGAAAGCAGCCGCACCUCUACCUGCGCCUCUACCACCUGCUCCAGCUCCCACUCAGUUCUACCAGCCUGUCGAAGGUUACGAAAGCGCCAGCGUACAGUUCAACGGAGGCGAGAGUCGGGAAGCUUCACCGACGUCGGCAUCCUUCAUGGCUGAAGAUGAUUUCUUACCCCUUUCCCAAAAUUCCACUGCCUCCAGAAAACGAAAGCGCCUUGACGAAGAGCAUGGCUUUACCGCAUCGGAUCUUGAACACACAAUGUAUGGCGAUGAACUGCUGGAUUAUUUCGUGACUGCCGGAGAUGACCCAGCUGCAUCUAAUAUUCUUCCACCACAACCUCCAGCAAAUUUCGAUGUCAACCGACCUAUUGAUAACCUUGGCAAUAAUGCUCUUCAUUGGGCCUGUGCUAUGGGUGAUGUACAAAUUGUCAGAGAUUUACUUGCACGCGGUGCCAAUCCUGCUGCGCCAAAUGAGGGAUCCAGGGAAACACCUCUUAUCCGCGCUGUUCUGUUUACUAAUAAUUACGAUAAGCGAACAUUUCCCAAAAUUGUUCAAGCACUACCGCAAACUAUCGUGGAGCGGGACUGGCAUGGUGCAACAGUCUUUCAUCAUAUCGCGGAGACUGCUCGAUCUCGAAGCAAGUGGGGUUGUGCCAAAUACUACUGUGAGGUGCUCAUCAACAAGAUGCAGGAGAUGGGUUCCAAUUACGUUCAAGCCUUACUUGUGUCGACCGAUGUCAAUCACGAUACCGCAGCUUUAUGUGCAAUUCGAAAUGGUUGUGUCAAGGUUGCUACUUUUUUGCUGAACCACUGUCCUGAGGCUGGUGAUGUUCAGAAUCUUAAGGGAGAAUCUGCAAACGAAUAUCUACGAUCUCUGCGAGAAAAGAAAGACACCCUUGAACAACCUGGCUCUUCACCUCCAAGAGUUGGUGAGUCUUUCAACGCCAGAGUGUCUCGUAAAAGACGGCAAAAGGAUGCGGUCUCUCGAGCAGCAUUUUUCGUUCUUGACAAGAUCGGCACUGUUAUGGACGAAGGCAGUUCUAAGAUUGCAGAAAUGUAUGAUUCUCAAAUGUUGGAAAAGGACACCGAGAUCGCUGAAGCGAAGUCUGCAUUGAAUGAACUCGAGAAUCAACGCCACAAAAUUCGCCAGGAGACUUUCGCAUUGAUGGCUCGUGUUGAAGAUCCGUCCAGGAUCAAUACACUACGGCAGGAAUAUGAUGAAAAUCUCCGCGAAAUGGAGUCUCUAUUGGAACAGAGAGAACACGAAAUCUUACAAAAAGAGAUCCUCCAACAAGACCAACAAACCAACGCAGGCGCUUUCCGCUACUCAAAUCCUCAACCGCUAUCGUCUGAAGAAGUCCGCACUGCCGUCCCCUGGGCCCUCGAACUCAAUCGACAACAAGACCUUCGAAGACACUGGGUGAAGGAAGUAGCGAAAUUAAUGGGCGACGCUGGAACGAGUGAGAAAGUUGGCAAGCACAGAAAGUUGGUGGCGAUUGCGACAGGCCUUAAGGAGGACGAGUUGGACAACAUGUCUGAAGAGUUGUUGCAGAGUCUGCAAGGUGACCGAGGUCUUAACACUGCCACCGGUCCACAGACACCGCCGCAUGCUAUGGCUGGAAUUGAGGCAUAA